GCUAGAGUACGUAGCAAGGAAAUGUCUAAGAUGGAUUCCCUACUGGACCUGGGUGAUACAGGAUCUAAUGGCACGACUGUGACCAGCACCACUACAACAGUAGAGAGUGGCAACACAGACAAUGUGGUAGACCCAUUCGACCCAUUUGCCUCCCUUACAACAACACAGACUAUUACAACUACAAAGACAGAAGUGGGGAAGGAAGGGCUAGAUGAUCUUUUAGGAGGAUUUACUACAGAGCAAACUAAUGGCUCAGACUCCCUUCUUAACAUGUCUUCCAAUGACCAAGCUGUAGACCUGCUUGGAGGAGCAUUCAUGGUAGAAACCACCAACAAGCAACCAGAUUUACUGGCUGGUAAUGUUGAUAUGAAUACUGCAGAUAGUCCCAAUGCUAGUAGUCCCACAACUGCUGAUUUACUCGCAGAUUUUGGAAAUGGUGCAAAUGUUGUUGAAACAACAACUACAAAAACUCUUGAUGGUGGGGUUGAAGAGACAGUAGUCACAACAACUACAGUUUCAGAUGGAAAUUCAGAUAUUUCAGUCACAAAAACCACCACCGAGACAACAGUUGUAGAGAGUAAUUUACUCGAUGAUUUCAGUACCCAAGAAAGUAGUCCCAUCGUAGAAAGUAGUCCCAGUACAGAUAUUUUUGGUGCUAAUGAGGAAACAACAGUUACGACCACAACUACAGAGAUUACCAAAGAUCCUGUUUAUGAAAACCUAGAUUUUCUGGCAUCAACUGAGCCAAAACAAGAUUCAACAAAAUAUGAAGACCUUUUGGUAGAUACUCAAGCAACAGGCGAGCCUGGUAUGGUUGAACUGACUGAAACACGUACAAGUCCAGAUGGUGAGGUAUCCCAACAGAUAGAAACUACUAGUGCAGAUGAUACAUCAGUGACUAUGGUUACAACAACAACAACAACCACUUCCAUAGCAACGGAUGAUGUUGAACACAUUGAUGACAAACAAGAUAUUGAAGAAUCAGAUAUUCAGAAUGAGUCAAUAUAUGUCAAUGUGGAGCCAAACCAUCAGAAUGAGAUAUUAAACCAAGAUGACCCUAUUCAACAGGAAGAUGAGAAUAAAGAGAAUGUCCCCGAAGCAGAACAAGAAGAGGAUGAUGAUACAGAAUAUGUCUUAGUACAGACAGAUGAUGGAGAAUAUAGGGUGCCAUUAGAUGUUGCUCAAAAAGAAUUUGGACUUUUCAUGGAUGAAGGUGUUGAACAGGAACUAGGUGUUGAUGAAUCUGGUCAGGAAUAUGUCAUUGAGUACAUUGAAGAAGAAGAUGCUCCAACGAGUAUUAAGGAAGCAUCAACAGAACAAUAUGAGCAUGUUACUAAGGAUCAGGAAGCCAGUUCAGUUGCUGAAGAGAAGCCAGUCCCAGUGGUCCAGGCAGAGAUUGCUGCAGAUCCUGAACCACAACUCCAGUUGCAACAACCUGAAAUCCAAUCCAGGGAGCCAGAGGUAGAGACAAGGGAGCCAGAGGUGCAAACAAGGGAGCCAGAGGUACAAACCAAGGAGCCAGAGAAGCCAGUUGAAAGUUUUGAAGAUUCUCUCCCUGAUUAUGUUCCACCCAAGCGCUAUGUGAAGCCAGAGGAGAGUGACAAUAAGGGGCCUUCUGUGUUCAUCCAGGGGAAAAGCACGGAAACUUCUAACAAACCCUCCAAACCUGCCUCUCAACCAGUCUCACGUAAAAAUGCAACUGUUGUGCCAUCUGGUGAGAAUGAGAAGGUGGAGGUCUCAAGUGGUGACUCUCUGACGGAGUACUCCAAGGAGCCUUCUCAACCUUUUGGGGGGCUCCUCCAGCAAUGGAAGUCGAACACAAAAAUUGAGAGUUCUGUAAGUGACGAGCCUGUGACGUCACAAAAAACUAUGGCUACUGUGACGCAAAUUCAACCACCAAAUUUGGCGCAGGGAGGAGACAGCAUGUGUAAGGUUUGUGGUAAAAGGGUCUAUGAGAUGGAGAAGCAGAUAGCAGACAAAGCAAUCUACCACAAGUCUUGUUUCCGCUGCAACCAUUGCCACAGGGUGUUGGGACUGGGAAACUAUGCCUCAUUGGAAGGACAACUUUUCUGCAAGCCUCACUUUAUUGAAAUCUUCAAGUCGAAAGGUAAUUAUGACGAGGGGUUCGGUCGUGCUAAGCAUUCAACACACUGGGUAGAACCUUCUACUAAUAAAGAGGAUGUAGCAGAUACGAAAUCUGAAAAUGUGCCCAAACCGCAAGCGCAGGAGGAAGAAGAGGGCAAGGUAGUCUUCCGUGCUGAGGACAAGGUUGAAGAAGAUAUCAGUUUUGCUGGCUUGAAAAACAUUCGCUCAAGAUUUGAGGAUGAGAAUGAAAAGGAGGGGUCCCCUCAGGCUCAAGAUGCCGGUCGACGUGUUCCAGGGAAGCUGAAGCAACAGUGGGGAAGCACUGAGACGACUCCUGCAACUGCUGUGCAGCAUGUCAAUGGGCACUCCAUAGAGAAUGAACCAACCAAGAACACUAAUGUUGUUAGGGAGACGGACAAAGUUGAGGAGGCAACUCAAGGGGUCUACGAGAAUGAGCCAGAAGAGAGGACUGAUGUUGUCAAGUGUGAUGCCCUGGAGGAGGAGGUCCUACCCGCAUCUGGCAGUGCCCGCAACAUGGCCCAACGUUUCAGACAGAUGGAGAAAGAGAAUGCUGAUACUGCCCCUCAAGAAAGCAAGGCCAACAAACCCCAACGACGAUGGGGAAGCCCAUCUCUGACUGAAGGAGGACAGAGAGUUGAUGCCGGAGAAUUUGAGAAUCAACCAGCCCCAUCACAAUAUCGUGCUAAAUCUCAGACGCCAGAUAAGGGUGAAUUUGAAAGUACCCCCUCUGGUCCUCGAUUUGAAGAACAUGUGAGCAAGGUAGAGUCUGGUGAGUUUGAGAGUCACCCAGAGCAGAGAGCUGAUAUAAUGAGAGAGAGUGAUGUGGUUGAGGAGGCCCUUCCUGCUCAAGGCACAGCACGUAGCUUACUCGCCCAAUGGAAGCAGAAGGAAGCCAGCCCUGAUCCAGAUAAUAGAGGGCCUAAACAAGGGACCCCCAAACGUUUCACCCCACCGAGAGAAGAUGAGCGUGCUGCUAAACUAUCACAGAGUGACGAUGCAGUUGACAGUGGUCCAAGAUUUCAGUACGAGAACAAAAUUGAUGGAGGUGUGUUUGAGAACACUCCUGCUGAAAAACCAGAUGUGGUACGAGAGACUGACUCCAUAGAUGAAGCUUUGCCUCCACCCUCAACUGCUAAAAAUAUGAGAAGCUUGUUUAUGCAAAUGGAGGCAGAGAAUAAGGAGGGAGCAGUUAAGCCAGUUGUGAAGAAAGACCCCAAAAGGUUCACACCACCACGCGAUGAUCAAGCUAAUGGUGGUGUGUAUGAAAAUAACCCUGCACCAUCCCCCAUCAUUAAUGAACAAUAUGAAAGCAAGCCUCAAGGUGGAGUGUAUGAAAAUGAGCCAGACAGUAAACCUGAUGUUGUUCGUGAGACUGAUGAACAGGAAGAAGCCCUCCCUCCUCCUGCAUUUGCACGAUCCAUGAAGCAGAGGUUCAUGGAGAUGGAGAACAAAGCCAAACAAGAUGCCACCCCAGUGGUCAUAGCCCCCAAGUCUAAGAAAUCCACUACAAAGAAGAAAAGAUGGACCCCUCCUGUUGCCCCAAGCCAAGCAGAAGAAAGCAAGCCUGCCUCUAGUGAACGUAAAUCGUCACAGGCUGCCACACAUAAGGCAGCACCUUCUGGCCUCAAAAAUGCACCCCUUCAAAUUGUAACUAGCAAUGUAUCAGAAAGUGAUUCAAUUGAUAAAGCCCCAGAGAUUGUCAAAUCCACAGAUGAGCUAAAUGAUGACCGCCCACCCCAGGGGAUCUCACGUGGCUUAGUUGCCAAAUGGAAAUCAAUGGAGGAUGUAUCAGUUGGUGCCCCUACUCCAGAGAAAAGUGAAAUAACUCGUAAAAUGUCUACUAAGCGGGAUCGCAAUCCAUAUUUAUCUAAGAGAAUAAGCUCUGUGAAGGAUUUUGAUGAUACAUUUGAACGCCAUGAGCCAGAUGGUGUUGAACAAACAGAAAUAGUGUCAGAGAAAACCCCUCAAGAAAUGAUGGGAGAUGGAGGGGUGUUUGAAAGCAGUCCAAAUGUCAACCCAAAUUUGAUCAGUGAAAAAGAUAGCCAUGAUGAAGCAGAGAUGCCUGAGCAUGGCAUUGCUAGGAACCUGCUAGCAAAGUGGAAAUCAAUGGAAGUGAUUCCUGGCUCAGAAUAGGUAUUUCUUAAAUAGAUUGUCUAUAGAUUAAAAUAUAAAAUAUUAUAAUCAAGAUGAUCUCUUGAAACUGAUCAAAAUCAAGUGCAUUCCAUUUUCUGACACCCCUCCUUGCAAUAUGUGUACAGUUGGAUUAGUCCAUUCAUAGGGGAGCAAGCAUGCUCAGCGUACACUAGGGCGAUAUUUACUGAUAUAUAAUAUGUAUAAAACUAUGAUAUGCUAUAUAAACUGUAUAUACUUAUACUGUAUAAGUAGUUUGGACAUUUUAAAGGUAUGCAAUAUGAGGGGUCUAUACUUUAUAUGAAAUUAUGUAUAUAUAUUUUAAAUAAUGAUGCCAAUCAUAUACUUGUAUGUGUUAAUUAUUCAAAUUAUAUGUUAUUGUAAAUGUUUGCAUUCUACAAUAAAUUGAAAAAUUUGAGUACAUGGGGAUCUAGCUAACUGGCUGAAAUAAAGGAUGGUCAUCUGCUCGAAUCAAUUGAAGCAUCACUAUAUGUUACUAGAUUAAUAGAAAACAAGUUGAAUGUAGAAAGCAUUAUAAAUGUGGUUAGUUUUAUAUUUAUACGAAUGUACAAUUUGAUAAUUUAAAGGGUGGAAAAAGAAAUGUCAAUAUGAUAAAGUUUUGCACAAAUGUGUUAAAUCAAAAAAUAUAGAAUUUCCUGGUGGAAAAAGUAGUUGUUAUUCUCAUAUAUGAGAUUGAUGUUUAAUAUUGUGUUUUUCAAUUUUUUCUAUCUUAUGUUACAUGCAAUGUUCAAAAAUUGACAAAUUUUGGCCCACCCUGUAGUCAC